GUAAAACUAUUGUGGAGAGAAAAUCUCUCCCUCUUUCAGCUAAAAGUUCCGUUUGCCCAGAGGCAAAUGUAAACAAAUUUUAGCGCAAUCUCGACGCGCCCUUUAUAGUAGUGAAUUGGCCUCAUCUGUCGUAGGUCUACCUCUGUCGAAACCACACAUUCGACAUGCCUAAAGAAACCUCUGACUGGCAUAGUUUAACAUACUCAACGAGUAGUGACUCACAUUGGGUGUCUCCCUCCUGCUCAAGGCGAGCGCAGCUUUUAUUCUCUUUCCCUCCACCCUUCGGUUCAGUCACCACUGCUUGCACUCUUCCAAUCGUUCAUCAGGUUAUGUUGGCGGUUUAGUAAGAGUGCACCCUAGUUCAAAAUUGUUCCUGUUAAUUUGUUUAGUAUAUUUUUAUGUUCUAUUUGCCUCUGUAACGAACGGCAUUGUUGUCACUGGAUUACGUUUUUUUGUUGAUAUGGGGGACUUGAUUUCGAGCCACCUGGAUGAGGGCAAGCGGGAGAUCAUUAAAGCCCAGACAAGCGAGGUGAUUGGAGAGUUUGGCCGUCUGUAUGAGCAGCAGUAUGCAGUGGCCCUCUUCAACAAGGUCCGCUUUGACAUCGAGGGAGGAGGGGGGCCCCAGCCACAGCUACUGCGCCGCAAGGCCCCGCUGGAGAAUAGGUCCAUCUUCUCUGGAGCUCUGUUCCAGUUUCUGGAGGAGAACAAGAAAUGGAGAAACCGUUUCCUCUUCGUUCCUGACUCCUACAACAUCAACUACUAUGACAACAAAGCGUCUCAUGAGAGAGGGCUGCAUCCCAAGGGAACCAUCAACUGUGCCGGAUACAAAGUGCUGACCUCGAUGGAUCAGUACCUGGAGCUGCUCAACAACAGCCUGCCUGGUGUAAAGGCUAAAGUGGGCAACUCUCCGUUCCUGAAGUGCGCCACCGAGUUCCCUCUGAUCCUGUGGCACCCGUAUGCCCACCACUACUACUUCUGUGUGGCGACGGCGAAAGAACAGCAGAAGUGGCAUGCAGUCUUUCAGGACUGUGUGAGACAUACCAAUGAUGGUUUGUUGGAGGAGAGCAAGGUGCAGACGCCAGCCUUCACAGACUCAGUGAGGCUCUACCGCCAGGCCCAUGGGCAGUAUGGCACCUGGGAGAUGAUGUGUGGCACACCCCCACAGAUUCUGGCCAACCUGGUGAUGGAGACUCUUCUCCCUGAGCUCAGGGAUCUCAUCACCCCGGGACUGAAAGGCAAAAUGCACGAAAGGCAGAGGAACUGGAUGCUGAUCUGCGACGCUGUGUAUGGUCUGGUGGUGAUGCAGGCCCAGGCCCAGUAUGAGGCUGUGGUGCAGAGCUGUGAGGACGGACGUCCCCCGCUAGAGGCCUCCAUACGCACAGACAUGGACCAGAUCAUCACCUCCAAGGAGCACGUCACCAACAAAAUCAAAGCGGUGGCGCUGCCUAAGGCAGAGAAGCUGCUGAAGGUGAGUAUCCAGCCCUAUAUCAGCUCUAUCCUGGAGGCCCUGAUGGAGCCCACCAGCCGAGGAUUCUCUGAGGUCAGGGACGUCUUCUUCAGAGAGCUGGUGGACAUGAGCAAGAACACACUGAACGACAGCACCAAGGAGAAACUGGGAGAGCACAUGGAGAAGAUCUCUAUGCUGGCGUUCCACCCGGUGAAGAUGCAGAGCUGCUAUGAGAAAGUAGAGGACUUGAGUCUGGAUGGCCUGCAGCAGAGGUUCGACGUCUCCAGCCCCUCCGUGUUCGUCCAGAGAGCACAGAUCCUCAUGAGAGAGCAAAUGGACGAUGCUGUGUACACCUUUGAGCAGAUCCUCCACCAGAGUCUGGAGGGCCAGGGGUCCGAAGGUCUCUGUAAGAACAUCCAGCGCUGCCAGGACCGGGUCAUCAAGAAAUUUGACUAUGACAGCAGCACAGUCCGGAAGAGGUUCUUCAGAGAGGCUCUUCUUCAGAUCUUCAUCCCUUACAUGCUGAAGCAGCUCACUCCCUCCAUCGCGUCUGAGCUGCCUCGUUUCCAGGAGCUGAUUUUUGAGGACUUCUCUCGUUUCAUCCUGGUGGAGAACAUCUUUGAGGAAGUGGUGCUGCACUCUGUCAUGAAGGACAUCAUGAUGGCUGUGAAGGAGGCAGCAGUCCAGAGGAGACACAACCUGUACAGGGACAGCAUUGUACUGACCAGCAGUGACCCCAACCUGAACCUGUUGGGGGACAACCCUGCCAUCGACUGGGCUGGGGAGUACGGGACAGGACCGGAGGAGGGGCAGGGACAAGUUGAGGUAGAGGGGGAGGAGACUGGGGAUAGUGGGGAGGCCCAUAGGAGGCGCAGGAUGAAGCAGGUGGUCUCCAUGAUCCAGCUGGAUGGCUCCCCCAUCCUGGUCAACGAGUCCUGCCUGGAGGUGCCCAGUGUUGACGGCAUCCCUGAGGAGAGGGAGGGAGAGGGGGAGGACCAGGGCGCAGACGCUCCAUUGUCUCCAGAGAUCAUCCACCAGGAACCAGUCAAAGUUAAUGGAACCACUUCAAAAGGAAAGAAGGCCCCUCCACCUCCUGUCCAGCCAGAGAACAGUCCAUCCCCUGCCCUAACGAACGGCUCCGUCCUGAAAGGAGGCGAGCCGUCCGCGAUCUUGAGUGAGGCCCCAGAGGUGCAGACCAAAAUCUUAGAAGAUGUGACCCAGGAAGCUGAGCGUGAGAAGAAGUUCCUAGAGAUUGAGAGCUCCUUACAGGACUCAGAGAGCACAGCAUCAGCCAUCGAGAGUGCCAUACAGGAGAUAGAGAAUGCUGUGCAGGAAGAGGACAACGAGCCAGGCGUGGAGGCGGCUGCAGUUUCACAGGAGACAGCAGCAGAAGUGUCCCCCUCAAGCCAGGAGGUUAGUAGUGUACCCUUAAGCAAAGAGAAGGAAUCUCUGAAAACAGUUCAGGAAGAGGCUUCGGCACUAGCAGUUCUAACCCAAGAGGAAACCUCUCCUUCCAGUUCAGAGGAGGAAUCUUCCCUAGCCUCAACGCAGAUGGAGGCGGUAGCAGUAACACCCAUAGCACAAGAGGAGAUCCCCACACCCUUACCAACAGCCCUGGACACAGAGCUCCAAGUGCCUGCAGCCACACCAACAGAAAUUCCUGCAGCCACACCAACAGAAAUUCCUGCAGCCACACCAACAGAAAUUCCUGCAGCCACACCAACAGAAAUUCCUGCAGCCACACCAACAGAAAUUCCUGCAGCCACACCAACAGAAAUUCCUGCAGCCACACCAACAGAAAUUCCUGCAGCCACAUCAACAGAAAUUCCUGCAGCCACACCAACAUCCCUGGAGACGGAGCAAGUCCCUGUCCCUGCACCAAUGCCAGAGGAGUCGGAGAGCACUAAGAGCACUUCAAAUGUCCAGAGUGCAAAUCCACAACCCACAGUGGAUUUGAACUCCCUGCCCCCUCCACCUCCACAUGACGACAGUGGCUUCCAGUCUCCCACCAGUGAGGCAGUGGAGAAGUCUGCCCCCAGUACAGAGGGGCCAGAGCCAGCAGAGCUGAUCCCUGAGGCAGAGGCAAAGGGAGAGCGAGGGACUGUGGCCCAGGAGGGAGCAGCAGCGCAUAACAAGAACUCUGAGACAGGAGAGAAGAAGAAGGCAGAGGGCGCCAGUGAGGAAUGAGUCAUUGUUUGGGCUGUAUGCUGGCGUUAAUUUGGAUUUUGUUUUUUACCAAGACUGGGAUAUUAUACACAAUUAAUCUUACAUUAGCAUAGACAAUUUCAUCAAUGUAAAUGGUCUGUAUACAGUAGUUUUGCCAAUAAUUUUACUGCUUAGUUUUCGUCUUCAAGAUUACAGUUACUUUUUGCACCAAUAUUAUCCACCUCUACCAAAUCAUCAGUCUGGAUGGACAUUGAGCGGGGUUCAGGUGCAACUUCAAUGUCUCAAUAUGUUGUUUUCGUCUUGUUUCUAUAUUUUGAUAGAUUACGUCCACAUUCCAAUGGAUAGCAUGUGCAUUGUAGCUUGAGAGCCAGAUGUUUGUGCGCUCAUGCCAACUCACUGUCACUCAUUGUCAUUAAAAAAACACAUGGCUUGACAAUGACGGCUUUGGAAUUGGCAAGGGCACAAACUGAUCUGGAACCUGGUUAGGAACUCCCCCCAUUGUCUUGUUUUACUAUAUAUUCACUGGGUAGUGAAUGAUGAGCACAAUGGAAAUAUUAUGGUGUUCUGUAAAUAAGAAAAUAACUCACACACUUCAGGUGUUCUUGGUGGGGUAUAUAAAGUUCAAUAUCAUCAUUAAUUUGCCCUCUAUGACCUGCACAACUGCUCAACCAUUUGAAUUGGCUUUACCCUGAAUCCACAUGCUGUCAAGUGUCUGACUUACCUAGUUUGUGUUUUAUUAGUAUUUAGAGUGGACCAUGACAACAUGAGCAAAGCUAUAGCUAUUCAUGGCUAAAUCAAAAUCAUAGAGUAUUUAUUCCAAUGGGUUCAACGACCAAUAUAUGUCCUUGUUGUCAUCUUAUUGGUAAUGUUGUUUCAUUACUUUCCUACAGUUGCUCUCUACUCUGAAGUUUCCUGUCUUUUUCCGUUUCUAUCAGAGUAAUUCCAAUACUUUUAUAAUUGUGCAUCAAUCUCCAAUAAUAUUCUUCUGACGUGUAUUUAUUGAGAUUUGUUGAAUAGGUGUCUGGGAAGCAAGCAAUUGGUGCAAGCAAUUCUGUAGGAAUAGUGCCUUAUGAAAUACUAGAAAACAUCUCAUUCAAAGUACUUUCUAUUUUCUAUUUCAAAUUGAAAUGACAAUCCGUCAAACAUUGAUGUGCAAAACUGUUCUGUUAUCGCAAGACAUGGAAAGCAAGGCAAAUGAGUAAUGGUAUUUGAAAUGUUGUCCUUAAUAUUUGACAAAUUCUUAUUGAUAUGAAUACCUCAGUUAUAACAUUGAGCUAUUCCCAACAGAGAAAGCAUCUGUACAUACUGUAUUUAAUGCUAUGUUGACUUCAUACGUUUUUGACCCUUUUUACUAUCAUAUAGUCUCUUUCCACAGAUGCUUGUCUUAGCAGCUGUGACAAGUUUAUUUUGUACUUUUUCUUCAAUGCCUUCAUUGAUACACAUAUGAUUUCCCCAAUUAUUUGUAUUUAUUAUGUAUUGCACCCUGCAUUACGUCCCUGUCCCCUCUUCCCUUUUGAUGAGUGUACUUUUAGAUUUAUUUUACUCAAUGUUAUACAAAGGACUGUUAGUGAUAAUAAAUAAUUGUUGAUUCAA